AGAACGCGCGCGUUGGUGUGUCGGGGUCGCGCACGGGCGCCGCAUCACCUUGUCUGCCUCGCGCUGCUCCCUCAUUCACGUUCCCGUGCUUCAGAGCGACCUGGUCACUGAUACACUGAGAUUUAAACAUCAAUUAACUCAUUAAUAAAGAAAGAAAAAUGCGGAGAAAUGGAAGAACAUCCCAGCAGUUUUUAUCACCAUUCUUCUGCUGGACUGGAGACAUGUGAGUCUGUUUGGUGUUGUUUUUGUUCUAAUUUUGCAUUCUAAUGUUCUGACAUCUCUAUUUACUCUCAUAUAAGAUUUACUGUUACAAGGAAAUAAACACUGCUUUAUCUCGACAUGUCUGGAGGUUUUGGACAUGUAUCUCACUCCUGUAAGAUUAUUACCUUUUUUAUUGGACAUUAUAAAAGUGUCACUGGAUGAAGAUGACGUUAUGUUUAUUGUAUACGUCUGUGGUGACUGUUGGGCGACAUGUUGAAGAAAAAGCAACAAAUGAAUAAAUGAAUGCAAUUUGAAUAAAAGUUAUUCGGUGACUUUUCAUCAUGGACGUGAUGUGGACCAACCUGUCAAACUGUUCGUCAAACUGCAUUUGGGAUGCUAACACUAACUUUUAUAUUUCGACGCCCCCGGUCACCAUUUUCCCCAUCCCGGUUCUCAUUGGUGUAACAGUCACCUGUGUGCUCUUCUUCCUCACGGGAGUGGUGGGUAAUUUGACCACCAUCAUGGUGGUGUUGAAGUAUAAAGAGAUGCGCACCACGACCAACCUGUACUUGUCCAGCAUGGCGUUCUCGGACCUGCUGAUCUUCCUGUGCCUUCCGUUGGACCUGUACCGGAUGUGGCGCUACAGGCCAUGGAUGUUGGGGAAUGUCCUGUGCAAACUUUUCCAAUUUGUCAGCGAGUGCUGCACCUACUCCACCAUAUUGAAUAUGACGGCACUGAGUGCAGAGCGAUAUUUUGCCAUCUGCUUCCCACUCAGGGCCAAAGUGACGGUGACCAAGCGUCGUGUACGUGGACUCAUCCUCAGCCUCUGGACUGUGGCUUUGUGCAGCGCCGGACCCGUGUUUGUGCUGGUGGGUGUCGAGCAUGAGAAUGGAACUGACUGGCGGGAGACAAGUGAGUGUAAGGCGACGGAGUACGGCGCACGUACAGGUCUGCUGAGCGCCAUGGUCUGGGUCUCCAGCGGGUUCUUCCUGCUGCCUGUCUUCUGCCUGACUGUGCUGUACGGAUUGAUCGGCCGCAAACUCUGGAGGAGGAAGAGGAGGAGGAGGGACAGGAUGAAGAGCAGGGACAGCAGCAACAGGCAGACUAUCAAGAUGCUUGCCGUGAUGGUGUUUGCCUUCGUGCUCUGCUGGCUUCCAUUCCACGUGGGUCGUUACUUGUUCUCGGCGUCACCCGAGGCGUUUGCGUCCCCGUUGUGGUCUCUGGUCUCUCAGUACUGCAGCCUUGUCUCUUUUGUCCUCUUCUACCUCAGUGCUGCCAUUAACCCCAUCCUCUACAACACCAUGUCUAAGAAGUACAGGGACGCCACGCUGCGUCUCUUCAGCCACAGUUCAUCAAGCUUCACCGAAUCCAGCAUCAGCUGCUGACACCUCACACACUUGUAGUGUACGUCUGUAACAUGCAAAUGUCAGCGUAAUGAAAUACCACAAUUAGGGUUCAAUCUUAGGCUCAGGUUACACUCUGGGGUUUCCUCUGGGUUCUCUGGUUUCCUCCAAGUCAAUGGAUCGGGUUUCUUAUACUGUCCCUCGUUGUGAAUAUUUGUGGACGUGGUUUCCUGAGAUGAACUGAUGUCCCAUUCCAGAUGUGUUCUUAGCAUGACUAGCUGUGAGAGGAUAAAGAGAGUCUGGACUGUUUGUAGCUGCUCUAACGGAAGGAACUGACUUGUGUUAUUAACGUACAACAACACAACCUGCUGUGGUCGAAGGGAAAGCAAACACAUCUUCACAACACCUGGACGUAUCACACCAUCUUUACUGUAACAGUAAUACACAAUGUUUAUUGUUUAAUAAUUAGCAUCAAGCGCUAAUGAAAUCUGCACUCACCUGUUUUCACUGUGUGUCAGAACUCAACCUUAUUUUUUUAUCGGCUGCUUCUAUUAUUUUUUUAAUGCAGAACAGGAACCUCUGAAACUACAGUAACGCUUGUUUGCACUACGUGAGGAAAAUAUAUAUCGUCACAGAAUAUAUAAAACAUUCGAGCAUUAUUUUGUGUGAUUUUAUUAAAUCAUGGAGACACAGUAACUGUAGAAAGCUUCGCACCUUAAAAAGGGAACCGUGAGAGGCGGCUUUUAUUCACCCGCAAACUCCUUUUCUUUCAUUCUGUUGAA